CCGAUCCCUUCGGUGUAACAAAUGCAAAUAUGUCUUGGUGGUCUGGACGAAAUGGAAAAGCUGUCAUCAUGCUGAAGAUAAUUCUUUGAUGAUGUAUUGCACAGAGACCACAGACGGAAAGAGGCAGCCACGUAUGACACAUGUUUUUGGAGGGGAGUAGAGCCGUGCUACGUAGUCAUGCUCGUCGAGCGAUGCUCUUUGCUAUUGUGCGUCAGCAAUGGUCCUCCCCGGUCUACAGCAUACAUCACAAACUCCUCAGUGUUAGCCAUGCCAUAUAAGCAUUGCAGAAAAUCUUGGAUUCUUCCAGACGAUGAUCCAGAGGGCAGAGACAAGUUUGCAAUGCAUACCGUCGCCAGGCAGGCUCGCAACAGCAGCCACACCCACGUGACAGUAGGGGCGGCAGAAGCUCGCAGAAUCAGCAGCAGCUCGCGAGGCCACGGUAGCACUUGCUGCAUUGGUUCUUCUAGUUGCAUGCUACUCGUGUUUUUAUGCGGUCCUGGUGUUGUACAUCAUUUUCAUCAAGUACACAACUGCAAUGGAGAUGUAGUAGCUCUAUAAUAUUACAGUUUUUUUCGAUUAAAACCAAAGAACACUCCACCAUAACAUGCAGGGACCCUUUCGCCGCUAUGGAGCAGCGGAUGUCGCAGAUGAUGGGAGGCGGCGGCAUGAUGAUGCCCAGCGGCGGGGGGUUUGGUAUGUUUGGCGGAGAUCCGUUUGGCGAUAUGCAGAGUUCUUCCAUGUCAAGUAUGAUCUCGAGCAGUCGUGGUGGUGGCGGAGGCGGUUCUUUCUCGUCCUCGAGCACGAUGGUUUACUCCUCGAAAAUGGGUCCGGACGGAAAAAUGCACACGGAGCGAUUUUCCUCCAGUGCAGUGCGGGACGGGCAGCGAGACGCGUUCGAGCAGCAGCAAGCGUAUUCCAACUCUUCCACGGGCGUGGACAAAAUGUCAAUGGAGCGGCAAUAUCAACUGCAAAAAUGUCUGGGUCUGGAAGAAUGCACGUUUGUCAUGCUUGUCUGGCAUGACUCUUGAGUCUAUCAUGCGCGUUACCCAAGAGCCCCACUUUUCUGUCAUGCAGAAACGCAGUCUGUCGUGCAGAAUAGGCAACAUCUAGAAGCUCAGAAACUUUUCAUGCUGCGCCAGCACUUGUGGCCUCCUCAUGAUACGCCACCCAGCAUCACAAGUUUCCAGGCUGAGACAUGUUUGCAAUGCAUAGGCAGCACCAGAAUCGCGGGCGGAAAAUGGUGAAGGAGUACAGCCACGCCACCGGCGAAGACCGGCAAACGGAAUUUCUCCGCGGCCUGGAAGAUCACGAAAAGAGUGCGUUUGACGCCCAGUGGCACCAGGAAGUAGCUCCGCACCUGCCACGACACGGCCGCAUGUCGAUGCCGGCGAUGAGCGGUGGAUCCGCACUGCCGCAAGGUACUCGUUUUUACAGGCUUCAUUUAAAUUUUCUGCAUGGAGGAUGUUAUUGUUGACGCUUUUCUUCACUUUGUGUUUGUGCCUUUCGUUCACAUGUUGUUUCGACGAGCAGGUGAAUUACCUGUGGUGGGGUUUCGAUGUUCAUCUGGAGUUGAUGCUGAAGAUGCUUCGACGAGACUACCACGCUUUGUAUGUUGGUCUCUUGCAGCCGUUGAUCACUGAAUCGCUGCACACUUAAGGCGAUAGAUCGCGCUGUCGCAUCAAACUUGAAGUGGGUAGUGCAGCACUUUAGUACUUCUCGCAUGAUUUUGAACGAACCAGGUCCGUCGUCGCGGUCCCUCCUUGGCGGCAACGGUGCUGGAGCACGGCGCUCUGAAAACGUCACCAGCAGUCGACGAGGCGGAGGUCGUGGAGGACCUGCCUUGGAAUACAGGUGAAGCAAAACUGCAGGCGUCGUGGCUGCCGAAAUGGGUCGUCGUGGCGAGCAAGUACAACAUAAUCGCAACUGCACAAGUCUAGUCGUUGGAGUUUUUUUGCGCUCAACCAGAAAACAAAUCUGAAAACAAAUUCUAGUUCUUGUCCUUACAACUGAGCAAAAGCUAGUGCCGCCUACGCCGGUGUCUGCGCUACUGAAGUCGCGCAUCAACGGUGGUCCAUUUAUUUGAUCAACAUCUGCCACCUCCACCUGGCCGCCGAUCGUGCGAUAGCGGCGCCUUCAUUUACUUGUGGGCCUAAUCAUUUGGGAGGACGCGACGCAGCUGGAAAAACUCGCAGAGGAGGACGCGAUCACUGUCAUUUCCACCUCGAAUAGAUUUUCACAUCAUUCCAAUGAAAAUCAAAAUGGAUUCGGAUGAAAUAAUCUGUGAUAAAAUAUUUGGAUGAACUUCUACAAGAUCAGGAAUGCAAGCAAGAGAAGCCGUGGUAUUUUUUUACUUGUUUUCACAACUGCACUAGAAGUGUCAAGAUGGGAAUUCGUUGGAGAUUCGGUGGUGGAGUAUCAAUUACAGAAGUAAUAUUACGAAGGAAAUAGUGGCCAUAGAAGUUUCAGUUUGUCACUCAUGAUUUACAUUUUUGUGAUUUGUUGGCUUACAACAAAAAGGGUUGGGCAGCUCUGCUGCAUACCAUGAAAAUGAGUCCGAGGCUAAGAAACUUGUGGUGGUUCAUCAAUGGAGUCCCCGACAAGCAUGUCAGGAUGCUCUUCCAUUGGUGCGCUAAGAAACUGUAAAUCCGACCCCCCCGCCGCUGAACGGUAAUUGCGUCAACAUGCACCACAACACGUGUUUAGUUGACCGAAAUAAGCGCAGCUACUAGUUCCUGACUUUUUCCCGGCCAUGCUGUUCCUUCAGGGUCGAGAUCGCUUUCCGCGACUCGUAGUUUAUCCUCGUCGAGAUGUUGAUCGUGAUGUUGAUCACGAAG